AUGACGUGUAAAUAAUAAUAUUAAAAUCAUUCAAAACAAUCUUUAUUCAUCUGAGAGGUAAUAUAAUUUUCAUUACAAUAUUUAUAUUAAUUAUAAUCGAGCAAUGUGUGGAAUUUUUUAAAACAUUCAUUGGGUGGAAACCGGGUUUGCGUUCACAGGUCUCGCGGUACUCAUUGAGGAGUAUUAUUUUUUAUUUGUAAAUAAUUACCGACAACGGUCGAAAAAUACAUUUGGAGUAGAGCGCCGCACAUCGGUAAUGCACACUUGGAGCGUUAAGGGUUAAUCCUUGAAUGAUGAUGGCUGAGUGAAUUCUAACGCGGCUAUCUCAAGUUUAUUAUUUUCUAAGCUACUCUUUAUAUUCAUUAUUUUCUGUAUACUUCUAUAUAUUUAAUAAAAAUCAACUUAUCACUAUAAAAUAAAACAUUCGACUGAACCAGUAAUAACCUACUCUCCGCUAGGCGAGGACUAAAUCAACUAGAGUAUCGCUACUAUGAAUCAACGAAAACCGCUACUGCCGCGCCGCGAUUAGCGCUGUCUAAAUAUUUUUCAAGUCAACCGCUGUCGUUCGAACGUAACGCGCGCGAUAUAUAAAUGCAAUUUUAUGUCUCCCUUUUUUCGUGCCACAUGCAUUCGUGCACGGUAGCAAAAGCGGUUAUUCCAGCGUUAAAUUUAAUUUAUUCCCAAUGCUGACGUAUCACGAGGUAUUCGCGUGAUCGCCUCUCGACGGCACAGCGAAAAAGCUUUCUCAUUCGAGGAGAGUAGAUCUGCGGAUAAAAAGGGGUACACAUUUUUUCGUGGAAUUCCUUCGACACCUUUUUUCUCCCUUAAAUCUCCGGUCUUUCAGCAUUUUUUCGUUCACAUAAACGGGAGAGAAAACGGUUUUCGAGUAGAGAAUAGUUUAGAUGCAUUGAAAAGAUCGGCACACGAAUUUGAAAUUCGCCGCAGUGGCGCAGUUCGGCCGGUAAAUUACGCCAAAUUUUCACGUGCUCAGAGGCAUAAUUUUCUGAACGAUUUAUCACCUUGGUAAUGACGGCCGGGACCCACCUCGCAGUCAAAGAGAUCGUAUGUAAGCCGGAGAACGUUCGAUAAUGGCGUGGCCGGUCGGACACACCAGCCUUUCGUGAUCGCGAGAUGUAAUUUGAUAUUAGCGGGCCGUUUCGGUGGAAAAAAGUGGAGCGUUCCUACCUAGCCUUUACUCUCUUUCUCUACCUCUUUAGCGUUCUUCACCGCGUAGCAUGGCCUGAUCUAAUGGACAAUGGAAGGUCCAUUCUGGCAUCGAACCAAAGACACACCGACGUGAACACCGAUGUGAACACCGACGCGACGCCACGAAUUUGCAUAACUUCACGCUGCAGGUGUUCGUAUUGCAGCUUCGUACGUGUAAAGGAAGAAGUCGUCGAUGCUGAUCGAUACGACGUGAACAUCUACAGAACAAUCGGUGAGCCUGCAGCUCUCCAUGCAGUUUUGGCGCAUCAGGAGCAGUGGGCUGCUGCACUGCGACCAACUGCAGCACUCCCUGAGGGUAUAAAAGCGGCGGGUGGUUGCGGAAGUCGUGGUUCGAUGGAAAUAAAGUUUCGUGUAUCAGGGCAUCGCGAGGUUAGGAGCGACGAUAUAUCGCUGCGGCCUGAUUUCAACCCGGCUCGAAAACCACCGAUUCCUAGGCCAGUCUUUGUACGCGGUCCCGUUCCCUACGUUUCUUCUGUCACCGUUUCCAACGUAUCCCUAUGUUCUGCGUUGGCAACUAAGUGACUGCGGAUUUUGUCAUUAGGUGCCAAUCGAAUAGUACUGUACAGUAAUCGUUAAUAACUAACAAACAAUUUAAAAUCAAUAAGGAAUAAUCGUUUUCGAUAAAAUUCAAUGAGGGAAAAUGAAGAAGAAAUAAAAGUGACGUGAUUGGUCGACUUUGUUCCGAUCGAGGACCGAUGCAGAGUGGCGCGUAAUGCACCGAAUAACAUUUGUGUCGCGCGCCCGAAUAAUUGAUCGUCCUUUCACGUGCCACACCGGACGUAAAUCGAAGAGCCGUGGUAAAAUCGUUCGUCGAAGAGGAUACGUUAAUAUUCAUGAUCGAGAUUGUCCGAGCUUGUCGUGUCGACGUGCAGGAUUAUUUUCUCUUUUGGUCCAACGAAUUGCUUUUUUUAAUUUCAACUAUUGGCUUGGCAACUAAGUGAUUGCGGAUUUUGUCAUUAGGUGGUAUUGACAAAACCCUCAAUCAUUUAGUUGCUAACCAUCCAAAUUGUAAACCAUCGUGAAACAGACAAAAUUAUACUGAAAUACUGAUUUAUUGUAAAAUCUAACUGCAUAAAGAAUCCCUAAAGAACUAAUGCAUCAAGGAAUUCUAACAUCUGUAAAAAAGAAAGAUUUUUCGAAAUAAACUAGUCGACUAAUAAAUGUAAGGUUACAGGUUUAAAUAAUCUCUAUAAAAAAUCAUAAAUUAAUCAUGUUGACAAACGUGCUGGUUCUGCGGUUAACAUUGUUUCGCUAAAUCCGAUCAACCCAUGAACUUACUUCAAUAGAAACUCGAUAAGCAGUUGUCCAAUAGGAUUACAAGUCCUAAAACAACACGUGAGAAAACAUUCGACCCAGCAUUAUAGAAAGACGUUCGUGAAAUUCAUCCGGACAAACUUUUCACGGCAAACUGAGCACGUUUUCCACUAGAUUUUACGACCUGGUAUUUAGCAAGCAGGUAGAGACAGUCGCGUAUGCGACGCAGUCCACCGUUAACACCGACGAUUUUCACCAUCCGAGAUCGGACACGAUACGAAACGUGCGCCGCUCGCAUAGUCAUACGAGCAUCCUCCUCGUUAGCCGAAAUCGCCCUUUCACCUGGUCGAUUCCGGAAUAAUGGGAAACUGGCA